AUUUUAUAAACAUGACAUUAAUUUCUGGCUACCCUAUUUCAUGUGUGUGUGGUUUAACAAACAAAGAGGAAUUUGCCAAUUUUUUUAUUAAAUAAACCCGUUUAUUUCAUGCUUAUCAAUUUUAUCGUGUAGGUCUUGUAACCGAGUAGUCAAACUGGAUUGAGGAUAAUGAUGGACUCGGACGCGUCCGGAGCGGACUUCUGCCGAUUCUGUCGCUCCGAGGCGACGUCGGACCGGCCAUUGUUCCACCCGUGCAUCUGCACCGGGUCUAUAAAAUGGAUACAUCAAGAAUGUCUCGUUCAAUGGAUGCGAUACUCGCGAAACGAGAUCUGCGAGUUGUGCGGACACCGGUUUUCCUUUAUGCCGAUUUACUCGCCGGACAUGCCGGGUCGACUGCCGAUCCGGGACGUGGUCGGCGGGCUUGUGACGUCAGUCGCGUCAGCUGUUAAGGACUGGCUCCAUUAUACAUUAGUAGCACUCGCCUGGCUCGGCAUAGUGCCACUCACGGCUUGUAGGACCUACCGCAGCUUGUUCCUGGGCUCCCUGGACCCUGUAAUCUCUUUACCAUUUGACAUAGUCUCAGCUGAGAACCUGGCUAAGGAUGUUUUCUCAGGCUGUUUUGUUGUGACAUGUACUUUAUUCUCAUUUAUUGGCCUGGUAUGGCUACGAGAACAGAUAAUGCAUGGAGGAGGCCCUGAUUGGAUGGAACGGGAGAAUAUUCCACCACCUGCUGCUGAAGAUGCUCCGUUACCUGAUAAUAACAAUGACAGGGUGAAUGAUGGGGCGGGGGAUGACGGGGGAGCCAGGGAGGAGGCCCCAGAAGCUGCAGAAGGGGAUUUAAUAGUUGGGGAUGAAGCAAAUUGGAACCCUAUGGAAUGGGAUAGAGCUGCAGCGGAAGAGUUAACAUGGGCGCGUCUACUGGGCUUAGAUGGCUCUAUGGUUUUCUUGGAGCAUGUAUUCUGGGUGGUGUCACUAAAUACAUUGUUUAUAGUGGUGUUUGCAUUCUGCCCGUAUCAUAUAGGGAGACUGGGGGCAGCAAUGGCUGGUUUUAAUGCAGAUGGGCCAUUCUCGGGGCCCCUGACAGCACUAGCAGGCUAUGUGUUGGUCGGAGCCAUCUUGGCCGUGCUGCACGGGGCAGCAUCACUGCUCCGCCUCCGCAGUGCCAAGAAGGCGCUGGGAUUCUGCUAUGUGGUUGUGAAAGUGGCUUUGCUGUCAGUUGUGGAGAUCGGAGUGAUCCCGCUAGUAUGCGGCUGGUGGCUAGACCUCUGUUCCCUCUCCAUGUUCGACGCCACCCUCAAGGACCGCGAAGCCAGCCUCCAAGCCGCCCCCUGGACCCUCAUGUUCAUCCACUGGCUUGUUGGCAUGGUCUACGUUUACUACUUCGCUUCUUUCAUACUGCUACUAAGAGAAGUACUGAGGCCUGGUGUGCUUUGGUUUUUGAAGAACUUGAAUGAUCCUGAUUUCAGUCCAGUGCAGGAAAUGAUCCAUCUAUCAGUAUGGAGCCACAUCCACCGACUGGUCGCGUCGGCCAUGAUCUUCGGCACGGCGGUGCUGUUCAUGCUGUGGCUGCCUAUCCGCGUCAUCAAGCACGCGCUGCCCGGCUUCCUGCCGUACGCCGUGGCCGUGCACGCCGAGGCGCCCGUCAACGAGCUCAGCCUAGAGCUGCUGCUGUUGCAAGUGAUCCUCCCUGCUUUGCUAGAGCAGUCGCACACGCGCACUUGGCUGAAGUACGUGGUGCGCGUGUGGUGCGGGCUGGCGGCGGGCGCGCUGGGGCUGCGCUCCUACCUGCUGGGCGAGGCGCGCGGCGAGCCCGACCCCGCCGCGCCGCCGCCGCACCCGCCGCACCAGCUCGGCGCCGCGCACCAGGCCCUAAUGCGCCGCGACGGCCCGGCCGGCUACGAACCGUACGUCCGCGUGGCGUGGUUCCCGCUACGGCUGGCCGCUCUGCUCGUCUUGGUGUCUCUAUCCUUGGUGCUGGCUAGCGCUCUCACACUGGUGAUCCCAGUGGCGAUAGGCAGGAAAGUUAUGGCGCUAUGGUUGCCUAAAGCGUCAGAAGGUGUACACGAACUUUAUACUGCUGCAUGUGGCAUGUACGUGUGCUGGGCGCUGGGCCGCGGCGGCACGCUGCUGGCGGGCUGGGCGCGCGGCGGGCGGCGGGCGCUGCUGGCGCGCGCGGCCACGUGGGCGCGCAUCGCCGCGCGCGCCGCCGCCGCCGCGCUCGCGCUGCUCGGCCUCGUGCCGCUGCUGUUCGGCCUGCUGCUCGAGCUGGUCCUAGUGAUCCCCCUCCGAGUACCUCUUGAACAAUCCCCAGUGCUAUUCGUGUGGCAAGACUGGGCGCUCGGCGUGCUCUACACGAAGAUCGUGUGCGCGCUGACAAUGAUGGGGCCGGACUGGUCCAUGCGGCGCGCUAUUGAGAAGGCGUACAGGGACGGCAUACGAGAGAUGGAUCUUAAGUUCAUCCUGACGGAGGUGGCGGCGCCGAUCGUGUGCUGGCUGGGGCUGGCGCUGGCCGUGCCGUACGCGGUGGCGCACAGCGUGGCGCCGCUGCUGACCAUGUCGCCCGCGCAGCGCAACCUGCUCGCGCGCCGCGUCUACCCCGCGCUGCUGCUGCUGCUUGUUCUGUCGGCGCUGGCGCAGCUGCAGAUUCGACAGUUCCGCAAAUUAUACGAGCACAUAAAGAACGACAAGUACCUCGUCGGGCAGCGGCUCGUCAACUACGACCACCGGCGACAUAAACCGCAGACCGUCGCCGCCAACUGAGCGAGACAGGCAAUGAGACAGAGAGAGAAUAGCAAGAGUUGACUGGCCACUUUCCAUGGACGUUCUGUUUUAGACUACAGGUUUUGUUUAUAUCAAAUAUGUUUUUGAGGAUUGCCGUAAAAUAUACCAACUUUAGAUAAAAUGAUCAUUUUGAAAGAGGUGUGAUGAUAUUUUUAUUCAGGUUAAAACAGUCUACAGAUGGGCCGAACAUUCGGUAAUUAUUCGGUAUUCGGCCGAAUAGUUCAGUUCGAACUGCCGAAUAUUUACCGAAUAAACAAAUCUUUUUAAGGGCGUCCGCUAGCUGGUAAUGGUGCACUUCGCGGCCUGGCAUGAGACGGUUCCGUUUCUUUUCAUAUUUUCAUAAACAUUCCCGGCCGGUCCAGAGGGGAGGGGUCGAAAAGUUCAAAAACACGUGCGGAGCGGAGUGCAAAUCGCGGACCUGUGUGAAUUUGUUUUCAGCGUUUUAGGCAGUUUUAGCCUAACCGAAUAUUCGUAUUCGGCAAAGUCCAUAUUCGGCCCAUCUCUAAAUCAGUCCAAUAUUAAAUAUUGGAAAUAUUGGAUUGGAAAAAUUUUCUGCUUUCGAUUUUACGGUAUGCUCAAAAACAAGAUUACAGACUGCUCCUCCAAUUAUUAAAUGAUUACUUUGAUAAAGGUUCUCGUGUAUAAUGGAAUAGUUAACUACUUAAUGCACUCUAUUUCUUAAAUUAUAAUUAUAUUUCCUUUAUGACAUUUGUCGACGUACCUUUCUGUAGCUAACUUAGUUUUGGGUUAUAAAAUUUAUUGAUUGUGAUUGGGCUAGGAAAUGAGCCGAAACAAACUAAAAUUGAUUUUUUUUAUUAAAAGACAUUAGAGUGAGAAUGUGGUUUUUGGGAAUUGAACAUUAGUAAAGUCGAGGGUGAAACAAUGAAGAACGAACGACAUAAGUGAUAUAUUAUAAACACGUAUAAAAGUGCUUUUCGAAUGGCGAGGCAAGGCGUACAAACAGCAACACUGUGGACCUUAUUACAAAAGGCGUAAGGUCUACCGGUGGAUAGUUAAGAGUGUGGGCGAUAAACUAAGGCCCACUUGCACCAUUCCACUAACCCGGGGUUAAUCGGUUAAACCGUUAACCAAGUGUCAAAUUGUACUGGUAACCAUUGUAACUCCAUGGUUUAAUCAGUUAACCCUGGGUUAGUGAAUGGUGCAAGUGGCCCUAAUAGUAAUUAGUUUUAUCGCCGAUAAUAUGAUUGUUUCCAUUCUGCCUCGAAAAGCACCAUGGUAUGCUGUGGCAACAUUUAAACUAGACUUUCCGCAUGGUUUUAAAAUAGAAAAAAAAUUAUAGACUGAUCAAAAAUACAAAUAAAUGAAAUGAGUUUAAAUUAAUUUAAAUGGAUUAAUCUAUGUAUUUAGGUACGAUAUUCUAUUUAUUUAAUAUUUUUAUGUGUCUAGUUUGUUAUUCUUUUACAACAUAUAUAAUAUACGUGGGGAGGCCUUUGUCCAGCAGUGGGGCACCAAAGCUAAUAAAAAGAAACCAAAUGAACAAAGUAAGAAUUUUGGUCUACUUUCAUUGUUGAGCCUAUAUGAAUAUUCGAUUUAUAUAUUUUUCUUGGACUAUUUUUGAUGAGGCUAUAAUUAAAUAUAUUUUAAGUACAAUUCGAUGUUGGGAGAUGUAUUUAACAAUGAUGUAUUUUUUUAUGUCUAUGUAUUUAUUAGUAUUUAAGUGCACCUCCCAACCGGUUUACCUUGGCUGCUUUGUUGGUAACAUUUUAAAAUUAACCGUAUUACCUUUGAUAAGCCAAUUUUCAAAGGCCUAUUUUUUUAAUGUAGGUCAUUAGUGUCAUUACUACGGUGACGUUUUACUGAGGUUUUAAAUUAAUUAUUUGUUAAACAUUUUUAUCGUACAGUCGCCAUCAGAUAUAUCUGAGCGGCCUAGGCGCUCACAAACAUCUGAACACGCCUCUAUUGUCAAGGCUGUGUGUUCAGAUAUUUUUGAGCACCUUGGCCGCUCCAAUAUAUUUGAUGGCGACUUACCACACUAAUAUGAUAGAAAAAUUAGUUCGUAAAAUGAGACUACCAUGAAUAUGUAGUUAUGUGGGAAAAGGAGAACAAUGCUUCUUGCAAAAAAAAACGAAUAAUCUUUUUUCGUCGUUGACGUCACAUUUUACUGAAAAUUAAUAAGGAAUUCCUAAGAUAGUCAUAGUGAAAUGGUGAGAAUACGCAAACUUAAUUACAAUCUCUUGAAUGUCGUUAAAACAUUAUAGGUGAGAAACAGCCAAGGAAAAAGCACCUACCUACCCUAUUGUUUCGUAGUAUUUUACUUGACGGUAUUUUGGCUAUUUAUCAUUUGGAACUAACGAGAAACAGAAAAGUUCAAAUGUAAAAAGUGAGAAUAUCGUCUUACCCCCCCUUAUUUAUAAACGCGCUACAAACCUCAAUUAGCUAAUAAUCGUUUGUCUUUAUCUGUCAUUCUGACUUAGGUAUUUGUAAGAAAGGGAUAAAACAUAAUUUAACUAAAUCAGGUCCGUAAAAUUAUAUGAAUAAGGGGGUUAGUUAAAAUAUGUAACUAGUAAUACCACUCUAGGGUAACGUAUAUUUUUACUUCAAUCUUACUUUACGACCCUUAUGCAUUUUUUACAAUGGUAACACUGCACCUUUAUAAAAUAUAUGCCGCAGAUAUAACAAAAUAGACCAUUGAUUUUUGAGGUAUGUAAUUGGCUAAUAAAUCCGUUUAUUUAAGACAACAUAGGUCCAACACAAUCAUAUUAUAAUGUAAAAAGCAGAAUUAGUAAUAAAAUAAUAAACAUUCAUUCAUUCUUUUAAAAUUAUGGCUUCAGUGCAGUGGGACUAUUUCACCAGUAUCAAGGUAUUGGGAGCAAAAUACGACGACUAAAAUUGUACGGUUAGUACAAGAUAGUGUACGAUGAUUUUAUUAGCUCUUGUAAAGCGAUAGCUGGACUUUACAAGUAGCACGUGGACUACCGGCCGUUGACUCCAAAAUGGUGGUUAAACGCAUUUCAAGAUCAAUUCUCCAUUCAAUGCACAUUACCACAUUAGUUUACUGUUAAGCUAUCGAUAUUACACUUUAAACAAUAUUAAUGAGCAAAAAACAAAGGAAUUAAUCACGACGCGUGACUAUCAAGAUGGCGCUUGAACCGGAAGUCAAAUAAUAAACAGUAGGUAUAGAAAUGUUGAAAUAUUUGAACAUUCCUGACAUUUAUAAAAAGGCUAAGGAAGAGGUGGGGCCGUCUUACGAUAUGUCUUUCUUACUCUUACUUUAACAUUCUAAGUGCACGAGGUCAUUGCCAGAGUAAUUUGCUUGAAUGCAUUAAAACGAAAAUGUAUGUAGAACAAAGAGGUUGAAGGGUUUUAAUAUCUGCGGUCUAUGUCGCUUGCCAAACUUGUAACUUUUGGAAGACUUGAGGUUUUUACGUGUUAAGUCUUCGUGUUGUUAUCAAUUUUUAAGUAUUCUACUCUUAUUAUGUUAUUUGUAGUAGGUCAUCGUUGACUUGGGUCGGAUAAUGCAAGAAUUUAAAAUACUAUUUACAUAACGCCUAGCCAGAAAUAUAUGAGGUAUUUAUUUACUUAAACGUUCAUACUGAAAUAUGUUUCUGGUGCGGCAUUACUUGUAUUUGAUUCCCUAGUAUUGUUAAGUAGUUUUUACUCUUUAUUUAUUUUACACUUACUGCUCAAUCUUGUAUCCAAUUUCUUUCUUGUUAUUUUUUUAAGGUGCUAGAGUAGUAUGUUUAUCAUGGAUAUUAGAGGAUUUAUCUCUUUCCCACUUAUUUAGUGUGAAAGAGAUAAAUGGCAGUCCAGCGAUAAACUAUUAUAUGCUAGUAACUUAGUUUUUUAGAUUUGUUUUUGUUUCUUUGCCCACGCUACUAUACUAUGUGUUGUAAUUUUAAUGUAAAUUUUAAAUAGUUAUGGUCGAAUGAUAAUAUUUGAUAGUUAACGGUGAUAUUGUACCGUUAGACGGCUUUAGAUGCAGGAAUCAGCAAUUUGUAAACAAAUUAAAUGAAUUAUUGAAA